CUGUUUAAAAAGUUUGAGGACCCCUGAAUUACACACUGUGGUAAGUGCUACGAAGAAACAGAGGCUCAGCCUGUGUGGCUCAGUUGGUUGAGCAUUGGCCCAUGCACCUGAGGUCACCAGUUCUAUUCUGGGCAGGUCACAGGCCUGGGUUACCAGCUCAGGUGUGCAGGAGGAAGCCGAUUCCCAUUGAUGUUUCCCUCUUCCUCUCUCUGAAAUCAAUAAAAACAUUUUUUAAAGAAACAAAUAGGAUAGAGGGGAAUAUAAAAUGGGGAGCUCCCUGAAGAUAUGCCGUUUAAAUUGAGACCUUAUUUUCCAUCAUCUUAUUUGAUCCUCUCACUAGUUCUAUGAGCUUGGCAACUUCGACUGCAGUGUAAUCAUUUGGUUUAUGGACAAACAGGCUUAGAGACAGUGACUUAACCGAGGUUAGGUAGAGGGAAGUGCUGGGAAUGAAUCUCAGGUCUUCUGUCACUCAUUUUACUAAAUCCUUCUGAAAGUCAAAGGUCAUCAAUAGACAGGAUUACUCUGUGUGCUGUUUGAAAUAUAGAUUGUAAAGUUCAUCUUGUCUUCCCCCACCCUUCAAAGCCCACCCCACACUAAGUCACUGCCACAGCUCCCCAGGCCGCUAAAGAUGAGCCCUGACUGAAUGGAGUUUUCCUAUUGAAAGGAACUGUUUUCAUACUAUGACUGUCGGGAUUUUUAGUUUCAACGUGCUUUCAAAAUUUCAGACCCUGUGUUUGAGACCUGCCUGCCUGCCUGAUCACCCCUAACUGCUGCGAUUUGGGGAUUCUUUGUCUCUAUUAUUUAUAGGCUUCAAGUUGCCCGAUGACUCGCGUUGUCCAAAGGGAGAGCCCUGUUUUAGGUAGAAAUCCAGCUGGAAAGGGGUCGUAUCCAGGCCUUACAAUCCGAUUUCGGGCUUUAGCUUUACCCACCAGUUAACGGGGAAAGGCCACGCCCCACUCACAAAACGCCCCAGGACCCGACAAGGAAAUGCGACGUGCGAUCCUCCGUUCCCGGCCCAUAAAAAUGCCGUCAGAGGCUCACCCUUCUGUGCUUUGGCCAGUAUAAUGUGAUUUACGUAAUUUUAAAAAUAACAUGACUGUCCGCACUAACGCGAAGCUGAGCUACCCGCUCCGGUGCGGUCAGGUCCCUCCCGCUACGGCAGCCGGACCGGGAGGCCAGCGAGGCGCGCCCGCAGUGACGCACUAUCCUGGGCGCUGACGUCACUGCCAGGCGCCCGGCGGCUCGUUGGCCGAGGCUACGGCGGGCUUUCUGCGAGGAAAAUGGCUAUGGCCAGCGAUUUCUACCUGCGCUACUAUGUAGGGCACAAGGGCAAGUUCGGACACGAGUUUCUGGAGUUCGAGUUCCGGCCGGACGGAAAGCUUAGAUAUGCCAACAAUAGCAAUUACAAAAAUGAUGUCAUGAUCAGAAAAGAGGCUUAUGUACACAAGAGUGUAAUGGAAGAACUGAAGAGAAUUAUUGAUGACAGCGAAAUUACAAAAGAAGAUGAUGCUUUGUGGCCUCCCCCUGACAGGGUUGGCCGACAGGAGCUUGAAAUUGUAAUUGGAGAUGAGCACAUUUCUUUUACUACAUCAAAAAUAGGUUCUCUUAUUGAUGUAAAUCAGUCAAAGGAUCCUGAAGGCCUUCGAGUUUUUUACUAUUUGGUACAGGACCUGAAAUGUUUAGUUUUUAGCCUUAUUGGAUUACAUUUCAAGAUUAAACCUAUCUGAAUUAUGCUUUUUGUAGCUAUUUUUAUAUUUAAUUAAGGGAUGAGUAAGGGAGGGUUUAUUUGUCAUUUAUAAUAUUGGGAUUUCUAUGAAUGUGAAGCAAACAGAUUUUUUUUUAAUGCAAACUGAAAAUAAGAAAAUACAUAAACAGGCUUAAUGCUUAUUUUUACUUGUGUCCAAGAGGGUUGGACAGUCCCCACACGCAUUGAAUUCUGUAAAUAAAAGCCACCUUUUGUUGAAAUUUUGCUUCAAUAAAACUUACCAAACCUGGA